AUGCAUUCCGGGAAGCCGAGGCCGCCACGACGUUUCACGUGGCUCAAGGCGCAGACUCUUCCUCCGCAACGCAGUAGACGAACCUGGACCCAUCUGGAGGACCUGGAGCUCGCCGAUCCGGAAUUCUGCUCCUCGGACCCCGUCGACAUCCUACUGGGAGCCGACGUAUAUGGGACCAUCAUCCGUCAGGGUCUACGAAAAAGAGGUUCUAAGGAUCCAGUAGCUCAACAAACCUCGUUGGGCUGGAUUCUCUCAGGUACAGUUAGCUCGACGGCGCCCAGCCAACACAUCUCCGCUCAUCACUGCCAAAUUGAAGAGGACAUCACCUGCUUAGUGCGGCGGUUCUGGGAGCAGGAGGAAGUCCACCGGCCAUCUCCGACCCUCACCAAGGCGGAACUAGAGUGCGAGGCGCACUACCGCCGUCAUCACUCGCGCUCUCUUGACGGCAGGUACAUAGUGCGGCUGCCAACGAUCGAGCCUCUCCCAGAUCUGUCUGGGACUCGUCGCGCCGCCAGUCGUGCUCUGCAACAGACGGAGAAAAGGUUAAAGAAAGAUGCCGACUUUAAGGACAUGUACGUAGAGUUCAUGCAAAAGUACAAGGAACUGCGACAUAUGAUGCUUGCACCAGCGCCAGCUGAGCCACAACGAGGGUACCUGUUACCUGCCGCAUCACGGGGUCCUGCGUCCGGACAGCACUUCCACUAA